AUGUGUAAUAUUAAUUGUUUGAAUCAAAGAAUUUUGGUACAAACAGAAGAAUUAUCACCAACACAAGUAGAUGUACUUAGGCAAACAUUAAUAAAUGAUUUAUCAGGUGGUAGUUCCAUAAGAAGACAAAAAGAGUUGUUAAGUAAUAAACUAUAUGAUGACCCUAUAACAAAGAAAUUGAUGAAAAGGGGAAUAUUAAAAUCUAAAAUUACAGAAAAGAAGGAAAUGCAAAUUGAAAAAAAACAAAAGGAAGAAAAACAGGACGUUGUAAAAUAUGAAGAAAUUGAUGUUCAAGUGGAUGAAGAUGAAGAAAUUGAACAUGAAAUAGUAGAAAAUGAGUUGGAUGAUAAUGUAGAAGUAGAAUAUGAAGUAGUUGAAGUUGAGGUAGUUGACGAUGAAGAUGUAGAAUAUUCAGAAGUUGAACUACAUGAGGAUAAAGAAGGAAAAAUAGAAGAAAUAAAAGAAAAUAAACAACUAAAAAUUGAAUUCAUAGAAAAGAAACCAUUAGAAAUUAAAGAAACUCAAAAAUAUUCAUUCGUAACAGAUGCACAAAAAGAAAAAGAACCAUUAAAAAUAAAUGAAAUAAAAUCUUACGAUCUUUUUAAAAAGGAUACUAUUAAACCAAAAGAUAAUUUAAGAAGAGACGAAAGUAAACCAUAUGAUACUUUAGAAAGAUAUGUAACAGAGGCACAAAAUAAUUUUAAAAGGGGAGAAACAAUAAUACAUGAUGCUUUUAAAAAAGAUGGAAUAAAAUCUCAAAAUACCUUAAAAAGGAAAGAAAUGAUAAUACAAAUUACACUUAAAGAAGAUGUCAUAAAAGAACAUGAUAAUUUAAGAACAGAUAAAAUAAUAAUGCAAGAAGAUCUUAAAAAUGAUGAAAUAAAAAUAUUAAAAAAAUAA